GGCGAUCUACCUUACCGGCUGAGUCAUUUUCCUGCUGGAAAAUUGUCAAAUUUUCGCUUUCAAUUCACUUUUCUUUUUUUCGCGAUUAAUGCCAAAGAAAGACCCGUGCAAAGCCUUCGCUUGCAGAAUUCAAUCUUGUCUGACAGCGAAUAACUUUCAAGAAAAAAAGUGCCUGCAUGAGAUUGAGGAAAUGAAAAGGUGCUGCCGCGUGUGGAAGGAUAAGAGUUUCGUUUGUCAAGGCAUUAAAAUCGACGAUAAUGAAGCAAAAAAUUCUAGCUAAAGAUCGUGGCUUGAUUUACAAGUAUCCCAGAUUGUUUGUGGGAGUUACGACUGCCGCAGCUCUACUUUCUCUGUUCUCCAAACCGAUUUACGACACUUUUUUCAGCACGGAAGUGUACGAUAUCGAGGAAAUCCGCAGAAAUCACAAAUCGAGGUUUACAAAAAACUAAACGAUGGAAUCUGUUCAAAAAGCCAAAUCCAGGUAUAGACAGUAUCCGUUGAUAUUAGCUAAGUGUGGCAAAGAGGCGACAAAUUAUGCUCAGUGUGUUUUGAAGAGGGACAAUGUCGGUUUGAACGAUUGCAAUAAGGAGUUCUCAAAUUUCAAGGUGUGUCUGCAAAAAUCUGCCGCGUCUUUAAAAACUAGAAUUUAGUUUUAAUAUCACCUCGGAUUGUUAGAUAAAAUGAGUGCUUUCGUAGGAAAAAUUGUAAAUAUCAACUAUAAAAUCCAUUUAUUAAUAGCCCUUAUUAUUCGAUUUUCUCUUAUCGCUUAUGGGGUGCAUCACGAUCAAAAUAAUGCGGUUAAAUAUACCGAUGUAGAUUAUAAAGUUUUUACUGAUGCAUCCAGGCAUGUUUUACAUAAUGGUUCCCCUUAUAGCAGGCAUACUUAUCGAUAUACUCCUUUGGUAGCAAUUGCUUUGAUUCCUAACCUUACUUUUUACCCGUGUUUCGGUAAGGUUUUAUUUUGUUUUGUUGAUGUAUUGGUGGCUCUUCUUAUAAAGUCAAUUGUUAAGUAUAACUUGAAGAAUUAUCAAAAAUAUCUUUUUUCUGAAAAUGUAGAGGAUAGAUGUAAGUUGGAAUACAAAAAGUCUGAAGAAUUUAAAAGUAAAGUUAACAUUAGUAUGUUAACUUGGUUGUAUAACCCAAUGACUAUAGCUAUAGGUACCAGAGGUAAUUGCGACUCUUUAGCAGGUUUUUUUGUAUUGCUUUCAAUCUAUUUCUUGCAAUGCAAAAAUAAACCUUUUAUUGCCGGAAUAUUGCACGGGUUUUCAAUACACUUCCGGUUGUAUCCAAUCAUUUACAGCUUGACUAUGUUUAUGUACCUAAGCUCUUACUCAUUUUACACCACUGAAGAUAGGAGAGUUAAAAAACCGAGUACUCGGUUUAUUGAAGGUGGAAAAUUCAAAGAAUUAGACAACAAAUCCAAAGAUGUUUUAUUGCAAAACGAUCGCGCUUUAGUGGCGAAUAAUCCAGUGGAACGAAAAACGAUUUUCAAAAAAAAAUAUUUGUUUUAUUUGGUACCCAAUUGGGAUCAGAUAAAAUUGGUAACAGGAUGUAUUUUAUCACUCACUAUAUUAACAUUUGUAUUCUAUUAUCUAUAUGGUUAUACAUUUUUACACGAAACCUACAUUUACCACUUUGUGAGAAAAGAUACGCGACACAAUUUCUCGCUAUACUUCUACCUAUUAUACCUAACGGCUUGGGUGAGGAAUAUCGGAAUAUGGCAGAACGUUUUAAUAGUAUUUCCGCAAGUUUUGCUGUUAAUUGUAUUCUCCGUAAGGUUCGGUUUGAACAAAUUCUGCCUUAAUUUCGCCAUCCUAACGCAGACGAUCGUUUUUGUGAUAUACAACACCGUAUUGACAUCGCAAUACUUUGUGUGGAUCAUGGCAAUUCUACCUCUGUGCUUGUGGCAAAUAAAAAUCUCCGCAAAAAGCGCUCUUCUACUUUUAAUGGUUUGGUUUGUGGCUCAAGCCGCCUGGUUACUCCCAGCCUAUUACUUGGAGUUCCAGGGCCAAAACACUUUCAUGCUCAUCUGGAUACAGAGUGUUUCGUUGUUUUGCGCCAAUAUCGCAAUACUCGGUCGUAUGAUUAUGUAUUUCAUGCCUUUAGAUAAAGUCAAGUACGAAUAGAAACGGAUAUAUUAACUUGUAGUUGUUUGUAUAUUUAGAAUGUCUAGUUUGUAUAAUAAUUUGUUAUAAAAUGUGAAAUAAAUAAUUGUGACACAAAAAAGUUUUAUUUUAUUUGGCUGUUUAUACAUUUUAUAUUAUUG